CCUGUUUUACGGACAUGUGAGAAAAGGAGAUCCUGUUCUACACGGCGGUGACUGAGAAGUUUAUCUCUGACAUGGGGAGGGUCCUGAGCCGUGCAGACAGGUCCCAGCUGUGGACUAGUGUUGUAGCCUACCAGAUGGUGGUCAGCGCUAAAGAUUACGCCGGCCUGGAGAGAGCGCUCGGCAGCGUUUUCUUCGCUCAAGGCGGUUUUUCUUCGGAUGAGCUGAUUUGGUACGACAAGGUGCUAGCCGUCGGAAACGCUAACCUGGAGGAUGCCAUGUUAUACAGCGACAGCGUGGUCCAGAUUCUGGAACAGUUUCGUGGCACAUCGCUUGAAGCAAAUAUUUCUCUCUCCCGGGAAGAGAUCAAAAUGAACCAAAUCGCCGGCGCUUCUGUUGAGAUGGGAGCAGAAUGGUUCGACCUUAUGACCCAGUACAUCGGCUUCCUUCGGCAAGUUGAAGAGCAUCUUUCUGAGCGAGUCUUGGGCAUCAUCGGCGAUCUUCUGGCACAAGAUGAUAUCCAGUUAGCUACCGGGUACACCAUAUUACUAACUGUGGUCUCCAUCGGUCCCUUUAUAGUCAUGGGCGUGUACAAAAUGGCCAGUGAGACUCAGUCUGUGGCGGCAAACUUGGAGCACGUGACCGCGAAGUUAGAACAGGAGCAGAAGAAGUCAGACCAGCUGUUGUACAGCGUGUUUCCCGCCAUUAUUGUGAACGCCAUGAAGAAAGCGGACACGGUCCCGGCUGAGUACUUCGAUGAGGUGACAGUCAUGUUUUCUGACGUGGUCGGCUUCACUGAUCUCACCGCCUCCAUCUCUCCUCACAACGUCAUCGAUCUUCUCAACCGGAUGUACCGCACGUUUGACGCUGUCCUCGGGCGGUACGAUGUCUACAAGGUAGAAAGUAUCGCUGGCUCCUACAUGGUUGCCUCUGGUUUGCCGACGAAGAACGGGGACCGUCACGGGGAGCAGAUCGCAUGCGCGGCGCUGCACCUCCUGAACUCCUCCCGGUCCUUCCAUCCCGUACACAUACCUUAUCCCAUGGAACUGCGCAUCGGCAUCCAUACAGGGCCUUGUGUGGCGGGGGUAGUUGGAAAGAAGCGGCCACGUUAUUACGUCUUUGGAAACACUGUUAGUAUUGCUCAAAGCUUGGAGCAAACCGGAGAACCAAACCGGAUCCAAAUCUCGCCGUCUACCAGAGACCUGCUCAUGUCGUCCCGUGAUUCCUUUCGCGUGGAGCCACGGGGUGACGUCACCAUUAAAGAUGGAGUGACAAUGAAGACAUUCUGGCUGACGCUGAAGGAGCAGUCUGGGUCCAAACAGUCUGUCUCAUCGGUAAAACUGCACGUAGACAUCUAGCCAAGCACCUUUCACACAAAGCCGAAUAUGGCAAAUUCGAUUCGAUUCUUUUCUAAAGGUAGGCUUUUGAAUAGAAUCUGUUCAGACUAGUACUGCUUCCAUACUCAGCCAACCUUGUUCGGCUUGUGUUCGUUCUGAAUGUGUCACAGGGACAUAUGUAUAUAUACUUCGUUAUUACCUUCGUGCAUGAGCUUGAGAUUUGUUU